UGGGCAGGUCACGUGGUCCGGUCCACGGGAAACCUGCGGUUUCACGUUUCUGAAAUGGGAGAGAGAGGAAGGAGCGGAGAAAGAGACGCGGACAAGGUGAUUCCUCGACACACUCUACGUUCGUACAAGGUUUGCAUUCUGACCUGCAAGCCAAUGUAAGUCGUGUUGAGUGACUGCUGUGAACGAGGGACCAUCGCCAUCCUCAUGUCCAAUGGAGGAGGCUUUUACGGACGCACUGAGCGUGUUCGCCAGGCGCCGUACUAUGACCAGGUUCCCCAGGGUUCCUUACCCCGAAGGGACUCCUACGACCUGCAUCCCCUGAGAGAGGAGAGAGCCCCCCAUCUGGCUCAGAGCGCCGACCCUCUCCCUCCUCCGCCUCUGCCCGAGCAGCCUCCCGUCGGCCCCGAGUUCGACCCCAGCGGCAGUGAGGACGACGCAGACCCCGACACGGACCCUGCCAUCGACAUCAAGCCGGUCCACCGCUUCAUCCCUGACUCCUGGAAGAACUUCUUCAGAAGGAGCGACAGCGGCAGCAAAAAAUCGUGGUCCAUGCCUGCCUCUUCAUAUAACAACAACAACAGCACUGGGGGGGUGCCCUGUUCGCCCCCACAUUCCCCCUCCCUCCCCGGAUCACACCAGGAUCCUUAUGGCGACUCAGGCGGCAGCUACAACUCCCGUAAGGAGCUUCUGGAUGGACAGGACGCCCAUGGGUCCGUCUCAGGGCGGACUUACCACACUGGUCUGACUUACGGCGAGCGGGUGGAAGAGUACCACCAGCGCUACGGCUACAUGAAGUCGUGGGCGGGUCUGCUUAGGAUUCUGGGCUGUGUGGAGCUGCUGCUGGGCGCAGCUGUGUUCGCCUGCGUCUGCGCUUACAUCCACAAAGACAAUGAGUGGUUCAACAUGUUUGGAUACUCAUCUCCAGGAGGAGCGUACGGUGCAGGUUACUACGGUGGCGGAACAAGCGGGACUUAUUACACCGGCCCCAAAACCCCGUUUGUGUUGGUGGUGGCGGGUCUGGCCUGGUUGGUGACUGUGAUUGUGCUGGUGCUGGGGAUGACCAUGUACUACCGCACCAUCCUGCUGGACUCCUCCUGGUGGCCUCUGACUGAGUUUAUCAUCAACUUAGCCUUGGCGGUGCUCUACAUGGCAGCAGCCAUUGUCUAUGUCCGAGACACGACCCGUGGAGGGCUCUGCUCCUACCCGGUCUUCAACAACGGCAUCAACGGGGUGUUCUGCAGAACGGAGGCCGGCCAGACUGCAGCCAUCAUCUUCCUGUUUGUCACCAUGGUGGUGUAUCUCAUUGGAGCCAUCGUGUGCCUUAAGCUGUGGAGGCAUGAAGCUAAUCGCAGGCACCGGGAGAGGUACGGCCAUGAGAUGCAGCCCUCUGAGAUGCAUGCCGUGCGGUCAACGAUGGUCCCUGUUUCUGCUCCGGCUCCCAGAUCUCCAAAGCAGAUCCGAGAUUCCUCAUACGUUCCGAUCCAAGUUGCACCGAAAGCAGCUCCUACAAAGGUUUUGCAGGGAACAAUACCAUCAGGACACAUCCCAAAACCGGUCAUUGUGCCCGACUACAUAGCUAAAUACCCAACGAUCCGGACCGAUGAGGAGCGGGACCAGUACCGAGCUGUGUUCAACGACCAGUACGCAGAGUACAAAGAGCUCCACGCGGAGGUGCAAGUAACCCUCAAGAGGUUUGACGAGAUGGACACCAUGAUGCGAAGUCUGCCGCAGCACCCCACCAGCCAGACGGAGGCGGAUCGCAUCGGCAGGAUCCUGCAGGACUACCAGAAGAAGAAAAAUGACCCGACCUUCCUGGAGAAGAAGGAGCGCUGCGAGUACCUGAAGAGCAAACUGUCGCACAUCAAACAGAAGAUCCAGGAAUACGACAAAGUGAUGGAGUGGAACGAUGGAUACAUAGCAGCAGUUUCAGUCGACAGCAACAGGCUGUUUUCACAGAUCAGCACUAGAGGAUCCAUCAGCAUGUCUUCCAGGCCCAACGGGAGUCCGCCUCCCUACGAGUCAGAUAAUGGAUAUCAUGCUCCUACGCAGCCAGCCUACUCUUACUACCCAGACGAUGAGUUCCAGCACUUCUACCGCUGGACGUCUCCGCCUGGCAUCCUCAAAAUCAUGUCCAUCAUCGCCAUAGUCUUGUGCGUGGCCAUAUUUGCCUGUGUUGCGUCCACAUUGGCUUGGGACAGUCAGGGAGCCAUGUCUGGCUUCGGGUACGGGGGAGGAGGUUACGGCGGCGGAGGAGGAGGUUAUGGUGGAGGCUACGGCAGCUUUGGAGGCGGUGGUUAUGGAGCUGGAAACAACUACGGCUAUGGUGGAAUUGGCGGGAACUACAACGACCCCCGGUCGGGCAAAGGGUUCAUGAUUGCAAUGGCAGCCAUCGUCUUCAUCUUCACCUUGGCUGUCUUCAUCAUCAUCGUGUCCCACCAGAGCCUGGCGGAGAGCAGGAGGUUCUACUUGGCCGUGUUGAUCCUCUGUGCUGUCCUGGCACUGCUGAUGCUUAUUGCCACCAUCGUGUACUUGAUGGCCGUCAACCCCACUGCCCAGUCCUCCGGGUCGGCUUAUGGUAACCAGAUUGCCGGACUGUGUGCUCAGUUUAAGCAACCGCAGGUCUCAGGAGUGUUUGUCAAUCAAUACCUGUACCACUACUGUGUGGUGGAGCCACAAGAGGCCAUUGCCGUGGUGUUCGGCUUCCUGGUCACAGCCGCUCUCAUCAUCAUGCUCGUCUUUGCGCUGAAGACCCGCCAGAAAAUCAGAAACUACGGCAAGAGCAACAUUUUCUGGAAAAAAGUGAAAGUCAUUGAUGAAGUGACACCACCUCAGGAUGUGGAGGCGUGGGUGAACAACGUGUCUGCUCCGCCGGAAGAGAUUCCCGUCUCAGCCUAUCCUGAGAACCUGAGAGGCUCCAGGAGCUAUCUGGACGAUGAAAGCAACUACGAUAAGCCGCCCUUGAGCUACACCCCGCAGCCUGUGGUUGAAGACCUGCCCUUGCACAAUGGAGCUCCUUACAGCAGCAGCUCAGAAGUACCAAGUUCAGCUGGGCGACCCAAAAAGAGGCGGGCACGUCGGCCACGUGCCGCCAACGGACAGGACUACGACACCGACUACAACUCCUCUGGAGACGAGUUGGACGACAACGACUUCGACAGUGAAUUUCCUCCAAUCAGAAAUGAGCAGGAGCGCUCUUCCUACAAGCAGGAGUUUGACCGCGAGCAUCAGGAAUACAAGGACCUGCAGGCGUACCUAGACGGCAUCAACAAGGACCUCUCAGAGCUGGACAGAGAGCUGGACCGGCUGGAGGAGGGAAGCCCGCAGUACCUGGACGCUCUGGACGAGUACGACAGGAUGAGGAGUGUGAAAAAGUCUCCAGACUACCAGGUGAAGAAGCGCCGCUGUAAACAUCUGAAGUCCAAACUGAAUCAUAUCAAGAAGAUGGUCAGUGAUUAUGACCGCAGGGCCUGAGCACGUCUGAUGACUAAUACGGCUGUCCAGCAUGGAUCAGAAGGGACUACUUUCUGUAGAACGACGAUUUACUACAGAAAACCACAGUGACAAUGGGCUGGUUUUACUUAAGCAGCGAAAAAACAAAUAUUCUUUCAUGUGUUGUAUCACUUUUUGUAUCAUUGGUGUCUUAUAUUGUACAUAUUUAUUUUGCCUAAAGAGAUCGAAGUGCUGUCCAGUGGAAGAAUUCCACUUUUUUUUUUUGAGUGAAUAUGAAUUUUUUUCCUCCCUGCAGUAAAUCCUUUCUUACUGUCUUUUAUUUGGAUUUUUAAGUUUCUGUCAUGUUUUAUUGUAAUAUGAAUAUGUAAAUAUGUGGGAGGUGUAUGUGGGAGGAACAUUGUGUAGUUUUAAAACCUCUCUGUAGCAAUGACUUGGCUGACCACACGGGGGCAGCAACAACAAUAAAUAUAUCAGUCAUCGUCGAUAUAAGAUGCAAAUUUCACCCCACUUGUGGGACAGUGGUUUUACAAGACGGACUGUCCCCACUCACUAGGAGAAUACUGUCAUUAGCGGACACGACUGAUCUAAAUGCCCCGUGUGCUUAGGAGUGGCAUUACUACAUAGACUGGGUUAAAGACACUGUGAUGACAUUUGCCAUGCAUUUUUGAUUGAAUAAAAACAUUUAUUCAGCACUUUUUUAAACACAAUGACGGGCUCUUUUCAAAAUUGCUGCUGAUGGCAGGUUUUUACAGACAUUUAUGCUUUUUAAAGCUACUUUGUGGAGGACUUAGUGAUGCCUAAUGGCAUAGUUGCUGCAGUGCAGAGUGCGAUGGUCGCCCUGACAUCCACUGACAAUUAUUGUACUUAUGUUUUUGACAUUAACAUCAUCCAUUAAAUUAAUGUUCUGGGGUUAAAUCAACCUGAGGUUUUUGCUUUUAUUUUAGAUGGUAAGGAGUGAACACUUUUGUUGGGAACAAACACAAGAAUGUCAAAAACAGCAGCUGGGCUGUGCCGGGCCUCCGGGGGGGAGUGGUGAAAGAUUGUCCAUGUCUUUGUCAGUGAGUGUAUGUUAGGGCCAAUCCCAAUGUUCACCCUACUCACUACCACUAGCCCUCACUCACUACCA